AGGGACAUGGCCGCUGGCUGUGACCACCCUCUCUGUCCCUCCUUUUGCAGGGCCAGGCCGGUGCUUGGGAGGGACCCUGGGAGUCCUGGCCUGCAGCCCGUGCCCGCUCCCACACUGCUCAUCCCCGCUGGUGCAAUCGUGAGCUGCCAGUUUUGCUUCCCGCUGCAGCGGCACUGGGUGUUAGUGCUCCUGCAAGGCUGGGAGGCGGGUGGGUGGAAAGCUCAUCCUGGGGGCUGUCGCUGCCCCGAGCCUCACGGUCGUUUAAUACUUCACCCAUUAACUUGGACUAAUAAACUUCGUGGGAGAGAGAGGCUAAAAGCCGUGCCAGCCGGGCAGCGCCUCCUUUGCAAGCACCGCUCCUGCAGCCUCGCCAUGGCGGCCGGCUUCUUCAUCAGCAAGAGUGUGGGCAUCGUGGCCAUCGUGCUGGCCCUGGGGGCUGCGGCCACCAUCAUCGCACUCUCGGUGGUGUACGCACAGGAGAAGAACAAGGCAACGGAUCCCGGCACUGCCACCCCCCCCACCACCACCACGGCUGCCUCCCCCGCCACCACUGCUGCCCCCAACAACCCCUGGAACCGGUGGAGGCUGCCAACGACGCUGAUGCCGGAGUCCUACGAGGUGACCCUGCAGCCCUUCCUGACGCCCGACAACAACGUGUACCUCUUCAAGGGCAACAGCAGUGUGGUCUUUGUCUGCAUGGAAGCCACCGACCUCAUCCUCAUCCACAGCAACAAGCUGAACUACACGAUGCAGGGCUCCUUCCACACCUCGCUGCAGGCAGUGAACGGCUCCAGCGUGCCCGCCAUCUCCAAGACGUGGCUGGAGCCCACCACCCAGUACCUGGUGGUGCAGCUGGAUGGCCUGCUGCAGCAGGGCCAACGCUACCGGCUCUUCAGCAUCUUCACGGGGGAGCUGGCCGACGAUCUGGCCGGCUUCUACCGCAGCGAAUACGUGGAUGAAUUGGGCACCAAGAAGGUGGUGGCCACCACGCAGAUGCAGGCGGCCGAUGCGCGGAAAGCCUUCCCCUGCUUCGACGAGCCGGCCAUGAAAGCCAGGUUCACGGUGACGCUGAUCCACCCCUCCGACCACGUGGCCAUUUCCAACAUGCCUGCUAGGGGCACCUGGCAGCAGGAGAUUGAUGGGAAGAGCUGGAACGUCACCGAGUUCGAGACCACCCCCAAGAUGUCCACCUACCUGCUGGCCUUCAUAGUCAGCCAGUUCAGCUACGUGCAAGGCACCUCGGGGAACGUGCUGAUCCGCAUCUGGGGCCGUCCCAAGGCCAUCGCCGAGGGCCAGGGCAACUAUGCUCUCCAGGUGACCGGCCCCAUCCUCAAAUUCUUCGAGAGGCACUACAACACGGCGUACCCGCUGCCCAAGUCCGACCAGGUCGGCCUCCCCGACUUCAACGCGGGUGCGAUGGAGAACUGGGGGCUGGUGACCUACCGGGAGAAUUCACUGCUCUUCGAUGACACCUACUCCUCCAUCGGCAACAAGGAGCGGGUGGUGACUGUCAUCGCCCACGAGUUGGCCCACCAGUGGUUCGGGAACCUGGUGACGCUGAAGUGGUGGAACGACCUGUGGCUGAAUGAGGGCUUUGCCUCCUAUGUGGAGUAUCUGGGCGCCGACUCGGCGGAGCCUUCCUGGAGGAUUAAAGACCUGAUGGUGCUGAACGAGGUGUACACGGUGAUGGCGACAGAUGCCCUGACCACCUCCCACCCGCUUUCCUUCCGCGAGGACGAGAUAAACACCCCGGCCCAGAUCAGCGAGGUCUUUGACAGCAUCUCCUACAGCAAGGGAGCAUCGGUGCUGCGGAUGCUCUCCGACUUCCUCACCGAGGACGUGUUCAAGCAGGGGCUGCAGACCUACCUUCACACCUUUGCCUACGGAAACACCGUCUACACGGACCUCUGGGUUCAUUUGCAAGAGGCUGUCGUGAAGAACAACGUCACACUGCCCGACUCCAUCAGCAACAUCAUGGACCGCUGGACCCUGCAGAUGGGCUUCCCCGUGGUGACCGUCAACACCCUCGACGGCACCGUCAAGCAGAACCACUUCCUGCUGAACCGCACCUCUGUGGUGGAGAGACCCUCCAUCUUCAACUACACGUGGAUCGUCCCCAUCACCUGGAUGACGCGUGAGACCGCUGGGGACAGGUACUGGCUGACCAAAGUCUCAGAAACCAAGGAGCAGUUCAAGGUGAGCAGCCCCAACUGGCUCCUGCUGAACCUGGACGUCAGCGGGUACUUCCGCGUCAACUACAACCAGGAGAACUGGGACCAGCUCCUUGCCCAGCUCUCCACCGACCACCAGGCCAUCCCUGUGAUUAACCGUGCCCAGAUCAUCGAUGACGCCUUUAACCUGGCCAGGGCCCAGUACGUCAAUGUGACCUUGGCCUUGAGCACCACGCGGUUCCUGAGCCGGGAGACGGCGUACAUGCCCUGGGAGGCAGCGCUCAACAACCUCCAUUACUUCCAGCUGAUGUUCGACCGCAGUGAGGUCUUUGGGGUGAUGACGAAAUAUAUACGGAAGCAGGUGACGCCCCUCUUCAACCACUACAAGAACAUCACCAAUAACUGGGUCACCAUCCCCAGUGGCCUGAUGGACCAGUACAACGAGAUCAAUGCCAUCAGCACAGCCUGCUCUUAUGGCAUCGCCGAGUGCCAGGACCUGGCCACCAAAUUCUUCCGCCAGUGGCAGCAAAAUGUCACCAAGAACCCGAUCCCCCCGAACCUGCGCUCCUCCAUCUACUGCAGCAUGGUGGCCACGGGUGGGGAGGAGGCCUGGGACUUCCUCUGGGAGAGGUUCAGAGAGGCCACCGUCGUGUCUGAGGCUGACAAGCUCCGCACGGCCCUCUCCUGCAGCCCCCAUCCCUGGAUCCUCAACCGGUACCUGCAGUACACCCUCGACCCUAACAAGAUCCGGAAGCAGGAUGCCACCGCCACCAUCAACAGCAUCGCCAGCAACGUGGUGGGGCAGCCCCUGGCCUGGGACUUCAUCCGCGGCAACUGGAGGACGCUCUUCAGCCAGUACGGGGGUGGCUCCUUCUCCUUCUCCCGGCUGAUUUUGUCGGUGACCCAGCGGUUUUCCACGGAGUUUGAGCUGCAGCAGCUGAAGCAGUUCAAGGAAGACAACCAGGACAUCGGCUUCGGGUCGGGGACGCGGGCGCUGGAGCAGGCGCUGGAGAGGACCCGUGCCAACAUCGAGUGGGUGAAGGAGAACCAGAAGACGGUGCUGGCCUGGUUCCAGGGCGAGGCCACCUCCAGCUAACCGUGCGGCCUCGGCUGCCGCGCACCCUCCUCCUGG